UCUCUCUCUCUUUCUUCUACAAAGAAAUUGAUACAACGAUCAUGAAUAGAGGAGCAAACUCAGUUUCCCUCCCUAAUGAUCUCAUUACUGAGAUACUCUCAAGAUUGCCUGUAAAGUCAAUCAGGAGGUUUCAAUGCGUGUCGAAGCUAUGGAAUUCCAUUCUUUGCCGUCAAUAUUUUACCGAGUUGUUCCACACCAGGUCGUCAUCUUAUCCACGACUCUUAACUGGGUCUCUUGUAGUAGUAGCCGAUGGUUUUCAUAUGAAUUCGAUCUCUCAAGACAUGUCUCAGUACUAUUGUAAAUAUGUUUCUGGUUUGAUUUACUUCCCUAAUAUGAGGAUCUUAAAGAAUGGUGGAAAUGAAAAAAUGCGGACCACAAAGGAUGGUGACUAUAAAGUGCGUGUGAUAUGUAACCCUAGCACGGGACAAUAUGCGAUCUUACCACCUGACCUCAACUACAACUGCAAUGGGUUUUUAGGGUUCGAUCCGAUUAGUAAGCAAUUCAAGGUUUUGGUCUUUAACAGUAGAGUCUUUGGUGAGUUGAGUUGUGAUAUUCUUACGUUGGAAACUGGAAAAAUGAGGUGGAGGAAUAUCCAAUGUCCUUUACGCCAUUAUCCUCAUUUUUGGUGUGAAGGGAUAUGCAUCAAUGGGGUUUUGUAUUACUUAACUCAACCAACUGGUCAAGGGCGUGAUGUGAUAGGUUGCUUUGAUGUUAGGUCUGAGAAAUUCAAGUAUUUAAAUCUAAACUCAGACUGCCCUGGUAGAACUUCUAGUAAAUUGAUAAACUAUAGAGGUAAGUUAGGUGUGAUUAAUUUCGAAGAUGGUUAUAGUGGUGGAUUUCCCCGUAAGUUAGGUAUGUGGGUUCUGGAGGAUGUCGAGAAACAUGAAUGGACGACAUAUGCCUACACUUUGAAGGCUCAGAAUAAAGUCAAGGACAACGACUAUUUUUCGAUUUAUGGUGUGACUGCUUUAGGUGAAAUUGUUUUGGCGAAGAGGAAUGCAUAUAAACCGUGUUAUGUUUUCUACUUCAAUCCUGAAAAGAACACUCUACUAAGUGUUGAAAUCCAAGGUGUUAGAGAAGGGGAAGAAUUGUAUAGCUAUCAUAAAGUUUACUACUUUGUAGACCAUGUCGAGGAUCUUAGGUUUGAUGUUAUGAAGCCAACCUAUGCUGCAACAUCUAUAAGCCAACCAGAACAGAGCACAUCAACAUCAUCUAGAGAAGAUCAUGACCGCAGCUCAUCUUGA